GCCCGCCGCGCUCGGAGGGCGCUGCCGCCCGCCCCGCCUCCGCGGCAUGCCCACGCCGGGAGCCGGCGGCGUGAAGGAAGGGAAGGCGGCGUGCGCCGCUCAGCCGAGGCUGCGAGGAGCAGCGGUGCUUCUGCCCUCCCGAGGCCAUCCUCUCCCGGCCGAGACCGCCCGUGUGCGGGUCGCGUAACGGAAGGCGGCCCUCGCGGGUGGGCGUUGAGGGGAGCGAGGCCUGCCAAGUCACCCCGCCGCUCCCCGACGGAGCGGGCAUGCGGGGAUAGCCCGUCCCGCAGCCAGCGGCAGCUCUCACCCCAGGCCCACCGCCGCCCCCCGGCCCAGCGUUGGUGGUCACUGCGGAGCUGGCUUCAGGCGGCCCCAAGAUGUUCAGCUGGUUGGGCACCGAUGACCGCCGGAGGAAGGACCCCGAGGUGUUCCAGACGGUCAGUGAGGGCCUGAAAAAGCUCUACAAAACCAAGCUGCUCCCUCUGGAAGAGCACUAUAAGUUCCAUGAGUUCCACUCACCUGCACUGGAGGAUGCCGAUUUCGACAACAAGCCCAUGGUGCUCCUCGUGGGGCAGUACUCCACUGGGAAGACCACCUUCAUCAGGUACCUGCUGGAGCAGGAUUUCCCAGGGAUGAGGAUUGGACCAGAGCCUACAACUGACUCCUUUAUAGCAGUUAUGCAAGGAGAUGUGGAAGGAAUUGUUCCUGGAAAUGCAUUGGUGGUGGAUCCCAAAAAACCAUUCAGGAAACUCAACGCCUUCGGCAAUGCCUUUUUGAACAGGUUUGUUUGUGCCCAGCUACCGAAUCCUGUGUUAGAGAGCAUCAGCGUCAUUGAUACGCCAGGAAUCCUUUCUGGAGAAAAACAGAGGAUUAGCAGAGGUUAUGACUUUGCUGCUGUACUGGAGUGGUUUGCAGAGCGGGUUGACCGCAUCAUUCUCCUUUUUGAUGCGCACAAGCUGGACAUCUCCGAUGAAUUUUCUGAGGUCAUCAAGGCCCUGAAGAACCAUGAGGACAAGAUGAGAGUUGUUCUCAACAAGGCUGACCAGAUAGAGACUCAGCAGCUGAUGCGGGUGUACGGUGCCCUCAUGUGGUCCCUGGGAAAGAUCGUCAACACUCCCGAGGUCAUCAGGGUCUACAUUGGCUCCUUUUGGUCGCAUCCGUUGCUCAUCCCUGACAACCGCAAGUUGUUUGAGGCAGAGGAGCAGGAUCUGUUCAGGGAUAUCCAGAGCCUGCCCCGCAAUGCAGCCCUGAGGAAGCUGAAUGAUCUCAUCAAGCGAGCACGGCUGGCCAAGGUCCAUGCCUACAUCAUCAGCUCCCUAAAGAAGGAAAUGCCCUCGGUGUUUGGGAAAGACAAUAAAAAGAAAGAGCUUGUUAACAACUUGGGAGAGAUUUAUGCCCGGAUUGAACGGGAGCAUCAGAUCUCACCAGGAGACUUCCCUAAUCUGAGAAAGAUGCAGGAUCAGUUGCAAGCCCAGGAUUUUAGCAAGUUCCAGCCCCUGAAGAGCAAGCUGCUGGAGACAGUGGAAGACAUGCUGGCUAAUGACAUCGCCCAGCUCAUGGUGCUCGUACGCCAGGAAGAGUCACAGCGGCCAACCCAGAUGGUGAAGGGAGGAGCCUUUGAGGGCACCCUGCAUGGUCCAUUUGGCCAUGGGUAUGGCGAAGGCGCUGGUGAAGGGAUCGAUGAUGCGGAGUGGGUGGUGGCCAGGGACAAGCCCAUGUAUGAUGAGAUCUUCUACACACUCUCACCUGUCGAUGGUAAAAUAACUGGUGCCAAUGCAAAGAAGGAGAUGGUAAGGUCUAAGCUGCCCAACACAGUGCUGGGCAAGAUAUGGAAACUGGCUGACAUCGACAAAGAUGGCAUGCUGGAUGAUGAGGAGUUUGCCUUGGCGAAUCAUCUCAUUAAAGUCAAGUUGGAAGGUCAUGAGCUGCCAAAUGAGCUCCCUUCCCAUCUCCUCCCUCCAUCCAAAAGGAAAGUAACAGAGUGAAAGUUACAUGGGAGAGGGAAAGGGAAUGGGGGGGAAAAAGAUCUAGAAAAACAUGUUUACUUAAAUUAUACCUUUAGAGGUGAGAUCAACUUUGGAUUUAUACUUAUUUUGUUGUAUGAAGAAAAAAGAAAACAAAAGUCCAGUCCUUCACAAUAAUAUGCAAUUAACUCUUCCAGUGUAACAUCCCUGCUUUCUAAUGUGUAGUCUGUAAAUAUGAAGGUAAGGAAAGUAUGUUGAGACUAGGAGGAUCUGAUAAGCAGAAGAAAAACUGAAGUGGGCUGCAUUUUUUGAGUGGAGUAGGCACUAAUGGAAACCUGCUAACUGCCACUAUCUUUCCUGAGCUUUGGCUGCACCCUCUUGCUCUUAAAUGAGUCUCACAAACUUCAGGAGACAGAGAUCUUGAUAGCAAAGAGGAAACCACAACAUCUCAGAGCUGUUGGCCAAACUAAAGAGCACUUCCUGAUUGACAGACAUAAGCCCACACUAAAAUACUAGUUACUAGACCCCAGAGUUAAGACUUUUAGGAGCCUUGAUUUACUGUUAAGAGUCAAAUUUUACAAGUGUUUCAAUGUCCUUAAAGGCAAAAAAAUAUGAAUAAAAUCUGAAGCAGCUCUGAACUGGGCAGCUGGAGUUCCUCAUUGUUCACUGUGGGACAGGCACUGAGAAUUCCCAAUCGUCUCUACCUCCUGUUACAGUCCCUAGGGGAGAUCAGUUCUGCAGGCAUGGCCAAGAGAACCACCCCACAGGGGAUACAGAAGGAGAGGGCACUAGGGGCAGACAUCAGGUGGGUUGGAACACCGCUCCCAGGCUCACUGAACAUUUCGUAACCAGUGGAUAGUGUUUUCUCUUUGAACAGUGGUGUUUAUCAUUCCUGUGAAGUGACAUGUUUACUCUCAUUGUGCACAGUGUAAGCUAAGGUCCCAUUCUUAAUGUAAAGAUAGGAACCUGUCACUGUCGGGUAGGUAGAUGGUUCAUCACGAGAACAGAGAACACUGGGGCACAGGGCAGAGCUUGCUCUGUUACCUGUGCCCCCACAAAGGUAGCAGAGAUGGCAGCCUUCACCCACUUUCCUCCUCACCACACAGUAACACUUGAUCUCCAGAACCUCUGCCCUGAGCUAAGAGACCCUCUCCCUCCUCUUUCAUGCUCGGAGGUUUUUGUUUUCAAGACCUGAUUUUGGCAGAAAUCCCUCUAUUUCCCAUUUUCCUUCCUGAACACACCAACACACAGAGGCACUCUUCUGGGUUUUGUUGUUGCUUUGGAGCAGCGUGUUGUUCCAAUUCCUGUUGUCACUUUAUAUAAAGCUGAGCUCCUACUGUGAUGAAAAACCAAGACAAGUGUAACUUAUUUUAUAUCUCUGUGUUCAUAUUAUAUAGAGAAAUAUAUUCUGUGUAUGUAGGAUGUGCUUCUUGCAGUACAUUUAUCACUUGUCAGAAAUUAAUGCAUUAACCUCUUUUGUACCCUGGUCCUAAAACAUUAUUAAAAAAGAAAGGCCA